AUAACCGAUACCACCCGACUGUUUUCAUUGUUUGUGUACAAAUUACACAUUUUUUUCAUGCAACAUAAAGUUAUAUUGAAACGAGAUUAAUUAAACAACUAAUUAAUUUAAUGCCAAUGCUGAUAAACGAGUCUGGGGAUUGAGUUGCAAGAAAAGUGAAAUCGUGUAAAUGCAGAUAAAGUGAGCGAAACAGAUACAGAUACAGAUACAGAUUGAGAUUAAGACAUAUAGAAACUGGGGAUGAGCAACUACCGUUAUCAAGGGGGCGGUGUCGGAGGCGGGAGCGUGGCCGGAGGACGCGGAUACAGUGGAAUUGAAGUGCGGGAGGUGAUGCAUCCGCAUCAUUUCACAUAUGUGAGCCAGUGCGUCAAGUACAUGAUCUUUAUGCUGAACUUUGUGUUCUGGCUAUUUGGCGGCUUGCUCCUGGGCAUCGGGAUCUACGCCUUCAAGGACAAGUGGGAGGAGGCCAACGGAUCGGUGCGACUGGAGAACUUUUACGAUGUCUUUCUUAACAUCUCCCUGGUGAUGAUCCUUGCCGGCAUGGUCAUUUUCCUGGUCAGUUUUUCCGGUUGCUUGGGCGCCUUGAGGGAGAACACCUUCCUGCUGAAGCUGUACUCCAUGUGCCUGCUGCUCUUUUUCCUCAUGGAAAUGGCCAUCGCCAUCAUAUGCUUCGUUUUUCCGCAAUACAUGAACACCUUUCUGGAGAAGCAGUUCACGGACAAGAUCAUCCAUUCGUAUCGCGAUGAUCCGGACCUGCAGAACUUUAUUGACUUUGCCCAACAGGAGUUCAAGUGCUGUGGCCUCAGUAAUUCGGGCUACCAGGAUUGGAGCAAAAAUGAGUACUUCAACUGCAGCUCGCCGUCGGUGGAGAAGUGUGGAGUACCUUACAGUUGUUGCAUCAAUGCCACCGAUAUAUCCUCCGGACUGGUGAACAUCAUGUGCGGUUAUGGAGUCCAAGAAACUCCAGUACCGGAGGCCAGGAAGCGGAUCUGGACCAGCGGAUGCAUCGAGGUCGUGAGAAUUUGGGCCGAGCAUAAUCUGUACGUGAUUGCCGGCAAUGCCCUGGGCAUCGCUCUCAUUCAACUGCUGGUCAUCUAUUUGGCCAAGACGCUGGAGGGCCAAAUCGAGCUGCAAAAGUCGCGUUGGUCCGCGUGAGAUCCGGGUCAGCCCGAAUUUUACGGGCCCUAUGAUCACACCUGAAUGUUCACAAUGGAUGUUCACUCAGAAUCCCUAGUUUUAUAUAUACCACUCAUCUACGAAUAGACUGUCACAAUUCAUGAACCAUAGACAAAAAUGCUGGCAAUAAGUUAUCAUUAUGAAACUUUUAGCCAGUAGUAAGCAUUAUAUUGCAAAAAUUUCUACAUGAACUCCAAAUAACAGUCUUAAAGUAAGUGAGGCAUCCAUUUGUCAUAUUCCUAUUUAAAUUUUUUUUUUAAUUUGUACCGUGCAAUAUUUAUUUUGAAUUUCUUCCGAAAGACAAAUGAACAAUGCUGUAUUUACACUUGUAUUAUAUUAUUUUAAAAUCCAUCCGAUAUGUUUAUAGAUUUAAGAUAUAUAGUUUCUGAGAUUACUUUCAGUCUUUAAUAUUUUUGUUAUUAUCGAUUCAGUAUAACGCAUAUUUUGUAUAUAUAUAUUUAUAUAUAACUGUACACACCAAUACUUUUGUAAACUCUUCUCAAUCCGUAUACUCCAUAUGCUCAUCUCAAUCCGACCAAACAACGCCAUAAUAUAUGUUUGGCCAGUGAAUAGCUUGAUAAAUCUCAAUGCAUUUAUUUAAACGUAAUGUAUUUAGAGUAAAAAACAAUAACCAACAAGGCGCACAAAUCUUGAAUAUCAGCAAUUUUUGAAUGUAUUCUUAAUCUAGAACCUACAACUGUAGAUUUAUGAUAAUAAAAGACGAAAAUAAAGAAAAA